AUGCCUGGAAACUACGAACUACUGUGCCUUGAGAACCCGCUUCUGGACAUCCAGGGUGUUGGUGACCAGGCUCUCCUCGACAAGUAUGGCUUGAAGGCCAACGAUGCCAUCCUUGCCGACCCAGAGAAGCACAUGGGUCUGUACGAGGACCUGCUCCAGAACUACAAGGCUGUUCUCAUCGCUGGUGGUGCGGCACAAAACACUGCCCGCGGUGCGGCUUACAUUCUCGAGCCCAACUCGGUCGUCUACAUUGGUUGCAUUGGAAAGGACAAGUACGGCGAGACUCUCGAGAAGAUCUCUGCCGAUGCUGGUGUCAAGACUGAGUAUCUCUACGAUGAGAAGACUCCCACUGGUCGCUGUGGUGUUGUCAUUACCGGCCACAACCGCUCCAUGUGCACCGACCUCGCUGCUGCCAACAACUACAAGAUUGACCACUUGAAGCAGGAGCACAUCUGGAAGCAGGUUGAGAACGCCAAGGUCUUCUACGUCGGUGGCUUCCACUUGACCGUCUGCGUACCAGCCAUCAAGGCACUGGCUGAGGAGGCUGCCGCCAAGGACAAACAAUUCAUCCUCAACCUUUCCGCACCUUUCAUCUCGCAGUUUUUCAAGGACCCUCUCGACGAGGUCCUCCCAUACGUCGACAUUGUCAUCGGCAACGAGACCGAAGCCGCCGCGUUCGCCGAGGCGCAUGGUUGGGAGACCAAGGACAUCAAGGAGAUUGCCAAGAAGAUUGCCAACGGAACAAAGCAGAACAGCAAGCGACCCAGGACUGUUGUCUUCACUCAAGGCACCGACCCAACCAUUGCCGUGACUGGUGACGCUGAUGUUAAGGAGUUUUCCGUACACGCCAUCAAGGAGGAGCAGAUCAACGACACCAACGGUGCCGGUGACGCGUUCGCCGGAGGCUUCGUUGCUGGUAUCGUCCAAGGCAAGCCGCUCGAGAAGGCCAUCGACAUGGGUCAAUGGCUUGCCAAGCUCAGCAUCCAAGAGCUGGGCCCUUCAUACCCCCAGCCCAAGCAAACCUACAGUAGCUAA